ACAUUGUUUUCUGCUGGAAUUACAAACGAUAACCGGCGUUGAAAUAGCCAGCAAAAAAAUAAGAAAAUUAAUUUGUUCAACAUUUUGUUCAUUAAGAAGUAGUUAAUAGCAGAUAUGGCUGACAAGGCUCAGGAGCAGAGUAUCAUGGACAAGUCCAUGCGGUCGGUGUUCGUGGGGAACAUUCCCUACGAGGCCACCGAGGAGAAGCUGAAGGAGAUUUUCAGCGAGGUGGGCCCUGUGUUGUCACUGAAACUCGUCUUUGACCGGGAAAGUGGAAAACCAAAGGGAUUUGGAUUCUGCGAAUACAAGGAUCAGGAGACCGCUUUGAGUGCUAUGCGGAAUCUGAAUGGCUAUGAAAUCGGCGGAAGGACUUUACGAGUGGAUAACGCUUGUACGGAAAAGUCUCGCAUGGAGAUGCAGCAGCUGUUGCAAGGACCACAAGUGGAGAAUCCCUACGGAGAGCCCUGCGAACCGGAGGAUGCACCCGAGUUGAUCACUAAAACGGUGGCUUCGCUCCCGCCCGAGCAAAUGUACGAACUAAUGAAGCAGAUGAAGCUCUGCAUCGUCAGCAAUCCCUCGGAGGCGCGGCAGAUGCUCAUGCUGAAUCCUCAGCUGGCAUACGCUCUACUCCAGGCGAUGGUGGUCAUGAGGAUAGUGGAUCCGCAGCAGGCGCUGGGCAUGCUCUUCAAGGCCAACCAAAUGCCUCCUGUUUUGGGUGGAAAUCCGCAUCAGGGUCCGGGCAACAUGGGCAUGAUGGGGCAGCAGCAGCAGCAGAUGCCGCAACAGCAACAGGUGCAGAUGCCCCCGCAGCAGCAGCAGCAGGCUCCCCAGCAGCCGAUGCCCGUUCCUGGACCUGGUUUCCCAUCCAAUGUCCACUCCAACGAUAUCGACUUGCGCAUGGUGCCCGGUGGACCUAUGCCGAUGGAUCCCAGAAUGAUGGCCCGUGGCAUGGAUCAGGAUCUGCGGGGCGGACUGCCCAAUCCGGUGCCUCCGCCACUGAUGGAUCCAAGGACUCGUGCACAGAUGCCCGCCCAGCAGCAACAGGGUGUUCCGCAGGCACCCCCUGCUCCCUAUCCCAGCGAUCCGCGCCAGCGGCCAAUGGAUCCUCGAUUGAGAGCCGGACCUGGUCCACAGCAGCAGCCGCCGCAGCAGGGACUCCCCCAGGCUCCGCCGCCAACGCAACAGCAACAGGCGGCCGCUCAGCAACUGCAGAGCAGGCUGGGCGCCCACGGGGUCCUGCCCUCGGAUGCCUCCGACCAGGAGAAGGCCGCCCUCAUCAUGCAGGUGCUGCAGCUCUCCGACGAGCAGAUCGCCCAGCUGCCGUCCGAGCAACGGGCCAGCAUCCUUAUGCUCAAGGAGCAGAUCGCCAAGAGCACUCAGCGUUAGUCUCAUGCAUGUUUACACUACCGGUCAUUCGCCAUUUCGAUUUUGUCUACUAUAUUAUUUUCCUUUUGAAUCAAUCAAUAAAAAGAACAUUCUCUCAAGAA